AUGGUGCGACUGGUUGAGUCCAUCGAGAACGGCCCAGAGGCAAGCGGCGGAGCAGUGGUCUGUUUUGUUCUGGCCUGGUCCGCUGCCCUCGUGCGGCUGAGCGUCCCAGACGGUCAGGCUCCAGGCUCCCUGCCGGAAGGAUGCUACGUCGAGUUCUCCGACGUCCAGGGCUGUGACGGGAUCUCGACCCACCAGGAGCCCUCCCCCUGCGGUGAGCAUGUCACAGCAUGGAAGAUCUCUUCGAAGUCGGAUGAUCCAGUGAACUCCAUCCGAAUUGGGGACACGUCGAACUUCCCUCCCUACGUCUCGGGCGGCCUCGUCACGGAGAAGAAGGUUGGCGUGCCCUAUCCCUUCAAGUCCCUGGCGGAGACCCUGAAGGACCCUGGCAUGCCGUUUGACAGCAUGGUUGGGACGGACAUGAUCAACUUCGGCUCCGAACUCCAAACGCACGUGCUGCUCUACGCAGCUUUGACGGUGGAAGCAGAGCGCGGCACGGGAGUUGGCGAAGCCGAUGUGGCCGCCGUGGUUGCCAAGGCUAAGGCGCUCAUGGAAGCAAAGGCGACAGACGUAGAGGCAGACAUCGACGAUGGCUUUGCGACCAAGUUCCUGCGACACUUCCACACGCCGCUGCAGCCCUUUGCCGCAUUCCUCGGUGGCAUUUGUGCACAAGAGGUCGUGAAGGUAGCGGGCAAAUUCACGCCCAUUCCCGGCUGGCUGCACUUCAACGCCGUGGAGGCGCUCCCCGACUCCCCACCGGCGGAUGCUGCACCGCAGGGCAGCAGGUACGAUUCUCUGGCCGCCGUCUACGGCCACGGUUUCGUGAAGAAGCUGCAGAACCUGAAGUACUUCAUGGUUGGCUGUGGCGCACUUGGGUGCGAGUUCCUCAAGAACUUCGCACUGAACGGCGUGUGCUGCGGCCCUGACGGCUUGCUCACGGUUACGGAUGCAGACCGCAUCGAGCUCUCGAAUCUGACGCGCCAGUUCCUCUUCCGGGAGCACAACGUUGGACAGCCAAAGAGCAAGGCAGCGACUGCCAUGGCCCAGGUGAUGAACCCCGGCAUGAAGGUGCGGGCUCUCGAGAUGUUCGUCGGGCCGAAGACAGAGGAUAGCUUCAACGACGAGUUCUGGAUGUCCCUGGACGGAGUCUGCAAUGCGCUGGACAACAUGGAGGCCCGGUUCUAUGUGGACGAUCAGUGCGUCAAGUACGAGAAGCCUCUCUUGGAGAGCGGGACAAUGGGGCCGGCUGGCAACGUCGAUCCCGUGGUCCCCUUCAAGACGCAGACGUACAAAGAUGGUGGACAAGCUGAUGAGGGUGGAGGUAUCCCCAUGUGCACGUUGCGGAACUUCCCACAUCUGCCCGACCACUGUAUCGAAUGGGCCAGAGACCAGUUUGAGCUCUUCUUCGUGAAGUCCGUGAAGCAGCUCAAGAAGUUUCACGAGGACCCGACGGCUUUCAUUUCGGAGAUUGGCACCAGCACGGAUCUGACCCAGUCCAUCUUCGAGGUUCGCGGCCUCCUGUCCUUGCUGACGGCCGCAGCAGCGCCCAGCGUUCGCAGCGCCGGCCAGAGCGCCUUCGAUUUCUUCCACCUCCUCUUCCGGGAUAAGAUCCUGGAUCUCACUGCUGCCUUUCCGGCAACUGCCCGGAUCAUCGACCCCGAGACAAAGCAGGCCGAUGAGCCGCCUUGUUUUGGGGUUUAG